AGGAUCUGGGCAACCCGUCCAGAACCGGGCUGCUGCCGCGGGUGACAGAGGGAGGGCGCCGUGCCCUCAACGGGGAAGGGCCCCACGGCAGGCCGGCGUCGGGGCCGCUCAGCUCUGCACGAGGAGGAGGACGGUGGCAGCGGCGGCUCCGCUGCCGCUGUCUCCCGCUGCUGGGCGUCGGCCUCUUCCGCCUCCCGCCGCCGCGCCGCGGCCCUCGGCUCAGCCCCGCCCCGAGCGGCGGCGGCGUCCUGACCCUGGUCACGCCCGGAGCGCGGCGAGUGGCGGCCCCCGCAGCGGGGCGGCGGCCGCGGUAUGGCCGUGCCUUGGGCUCUGCCUGCGCCCCUCGGCCCGGCGCAGCUGAAGCGCCUGGAGCAGCACCGCUACAGCGCGGCCGGGUGCUCGCUGCUGGAGCCGUGGCUGCAGCCCUACUGGUGCUGGCUCGUGGAGCAGGUCCCGCUGGGGCUGGCCCCCAACGCCAUCACCCUGGGCGGCCUCCUGCUGAACUGCCUGACGGCGCUGCCGCUCAUCGCCUGCUGCCCCAGCGCCACCGAGCAGGCACCUUUUUGGGCAUACUUCCUGAGUGCAUUAGGACUUUUUAUCUACCAGUCUUUGGAUGCCAUUGAUGGGAAGCAAGCCAGAAGAACAAACAGUAGUUCUCCCCUGGGAGAACUCUUUGAUCAUGGUUGUGACUCUAUUUCCACAGUGUUUGUUGUCCUUGGAUCCUGCAUAGCAAUCCGACUAGGAACAAAUCCCGACUGGUUGUUUUUCUGUUGUUUUGUGGGACUGUUCAUGUUCUAUUCUGCUCACUGGCAGACAUACGUGUCAGGAAUACUAAGAUUUGGAAAAGUAGAUGUAACUGAAGUUCAGAUAGCCAUAACAAUGCUGCUCCUGAUAUCUGCGUGCGGUGGCACAGCGGUGUGGGACUAUAAGGUCGCUUUGGUGGGUUUAGAACUGAAGUUCUUUGCAGUUUUUGGCAUCCUGUGUGGAACAGCACUGUCUUUUUUCAAUUACUUCCGUGUCAUCUUUGGUGGAGGGGUUGGAAAGAAUGGAUCUACAAUAGCAGGAACAAGUGUUCUUUCACCAGGCCUGCACAUUGGACUACUUAUCACACUGGCCAUUGUGAUCUAUAAAAAGUCUACAACUCAGCUGUUUGAAAAACACUCUUGUCUCUACGUCUUGAUGUUUGGAUUUGUGAAUGCUAAAAUCUCUCAGAAGUUGGUGGUGGCUCACAUGACAAAAAGCGAAAUCUCCCUUCAGGACACUGCAUUUAUUGGGCCAGGACUUCUGUUUUUGGACCAGUACUUCAACAGUUUCAUUGAUGAAUAUAUUGUUCUGUGGAUAGCAUUGUUCAUAUCCUUGUUUGAUAUGCUGAGAUAUGCCACUGGUGUAUGCCUUCAGAUUGCUGCUCAUCUUCAUAUACAUGUCUUCAGAAUUUCAUCUCAUCAAGCGCCUGAACAGGUACAGGUUGUUUCUCCAUUGAGCCAUCAGAAUAACAUGGACUGAAGAGACUUGCGAACAGUUGCCAUCUCCUGCUGUUGCUGUGACAAGGAAAGGGGAUAAUACUGAACAAAUGCCAUAUCAAUAUGAUUCCUUUGAGCUAAUUAAAUGAAUGUCAAAUGACUUUAUAGAAUGUCUUAUUUUUGCAUUUAAAUAACUUCUUCGUAGAUCUGAUACUUACAGUGUCCAUCAUAAUCUUCUUCUGCAACAUAGCCAUUUCUUUGCGAAGUUCAUUUUGCGCACCAGCUAGAAGAUUUUGAUUGCUCUUCUCCAGUUCUUCCAUGCUCUGAAGUUAAGGAUAAUCUUAAAUCAGAAUUGUCCAGUGUCAAAGGGUCCAUUUAAGAGAAGCCAUCAUCCAGACUACAGUUUAGUUUUUACAGCAGCAGUGUUCACUGAUAAAUUAUUAGUUUUGUCACAAACUUGACAGACACAUCACAGAAGACUUUGUACCUUGGUCUACAUUCCUGUGUAAACUACAGACCCUGUGAAAGAAAUGGUCCCUUGCACUCAGCAUCUGUGAGGUCUCAGCUAGUUAUCCUGCAUUUCAAUAAAGAGUUCUACAAGAAAAGACUAAAAAGACACCUGUCAGGAAUUAUAAGGAUUUAAUGUUACAAUAACCUAGGAGACUUGGAAGUAGGAACUCUAAAACCCCUUUAAUUUCCUUGUCUUUGCACACUAAGCCAAGUAAAGUGUGCUGGUUAGUUUUCCAUUUGUGGGUACAACCAUGCCUAAUUUUAUGUACAUGUGUAGUUGCAUUUUUCCUCAACUUUGUACUUAUUUAAGCUUCUUGAGGCUUCAUUUCUACCUUUUGAUCUCCUCAGAAGAGAGAAUCAAAAUCACACUUGACCUUCUGUUCAGUUUUUCGUCGUUGAUGAAGAAAGUUCUGACAUUUUGCAACAGCUGCUAUUUAUUAAUGCUUCCAUAAUAACCUCUGUAAAUUUUUACUAUUUUAAACUAAGAGGUGCUCUACUUCAGAUUGAUUUUUCAAAGCUACCAGACUUCAAAAAACACCAAAUGUAACUAACUGAAAUUUUAAAAAGGGACCUGUGAAGAAAUGACUUGAUCAGAAAUUAAGAUUUGUCAGAAGCUGAGAUGUUAUCUCAUGUUAUCGACCACCAUGUACCAGUAUAUACUGGUGGCCACACAGCUGCAAAAGACCUGGUGGACGCCAAGUCAAACAUGAGGAAACAGUGUCCUAAUGGUAUCUUUGGCUGCGUGAGACAAAUCUGGUGCAGGCUGCCCAGAGAGGCUGUGCUGUCUCAAAUCCUUGGAGAUAUUUAUAAUCUGUAUUGACAUAAGUCUUGGGCAACUGAUGCUAGGUAGCCCUGCUGUACCACCUGCUGGCUGGACCAGAUUCCCUUACAACCUCCCUCCUUCACUCAUUGGAUGGUACCGUGCGUCUGCAUUCAGUACAAAACCAGUCAUUUAAGGUACUUUCAUUUUUGUCACAGUUUAGAUUUCUAAUAUCUUACAAAAUAAGGGGGAAGGAAAGGGGGAACAAAGCGUUUUGUUCUUUGCAUCAAAUGACAGGAAAUUUUGAGUAGUUGCAAUAGUUUUUGUUUGCUGUCUAGUAUGUUAACUACUUUGCAUAAAGAAAAAAAAACCAAAACACACCACAGCUGCCCAGUAUGAAUCAUGUGUUUACCACACAUUAGCUCGGUAAGUAAGGACUGUCCAAAAACAUGGUGCUUGUAGGGACUCCCAGCAGAUAUAAAAAUUACACAUAAAGCAACAGGGAACU